AUAGCAUCGGGGCCUUCCUCUUUGCUUCUGUGCUUCUUGCUUUCCUCAUGCUGUUGUUGCCGUCGUUCAAUUUGACAUAGCCUUGUGCUGCCAUUCCUUUACAAUAUGCCUUCCUCAUCACUCUUUCUGAGGUCGAGCACCACUCUCCUUUCUGUUUUGUCUUUGAUUUCCCCCUCAAUUUCUUCUGCCAUUCCACAUGCAUUGGUUCCCCGUGCCGAGACCUACUAUGCCUUGGACACUGACUACUCCGGUGCCUCCUUCUUCGAUGGCUUCAACUUCUUUUCCGAAGCUGACCCUACACAUGGUUUCGUCACAUACGUCGACAGAAGCAGCGCCCAGAGAAAUGGCCUCAUCUCUCUCAAUGGCGGAUCCGCUCAAAUGAAGGUCGACUCUAGCAACACUUAUGAUGGCAAUGCCGCCUAUUGGGGCAUUAACGGUGUUGGCCGUCCAAGUGUCAGAAUCGAGUCCACCAAGCAAUGGACAAAGGGUCUUUUCAUCGCUGACAUCAAGCAUGCGCCCACUACUAGAACCUCUCAAGGCUGCGGUACCUGGCCUGCUUUUUGGACAUUGGGAGAUGGCACCUGGCCAUAUAACGGAGAAAUCGACAUCUUCGAGGGCGCCAACAACCAAGGCAGCGUUCUUUCCGCGCUCCACACUGGCAACACUUUCACGGUGCUCCAACGUGAUCAGACUGGUACCCCCAACGGCAAUGACUGCCAGUACUAUCCCAACGCUGCGAACAACAAUGCUGCUGGAUGCGCGUCUUUUGAUCGUCGCUCCACCAGCUAUGGCCCAAGUUUCAACGCAAUCGGUGGUGGUGUCUACGCCAUGGAAUGGACCUCGGAUGCUAUCAAGAUCUGGUUCUUCCCCCGAAAUGGUAUUCCCGCAGACAUCACUUCCGGCUCUCCUGAUCCAAGCUUGUGGGGAACGCCAUCGUCCAUCUUCAAUGGCCCUAAUGCCAACAUCGACGCCAACUUCAGGAACCAUAGAAUCAUCUUUGACACCACAUUCUGCGGUGACUUUGGCGAUGCUACCUGGAGCGGUAAUGGCUGCGCUGCCUCGACUCGUCAACAAAAAUGCUCUGUCUAUGUCGGAAGCAAUCCUUCCGAAUUCUCCGAGGCAUACUGGGACGUCGCAUCGGUCAAGAUCUAUCAACUUAGGGAUAGGCCAGUCACCACGACCACGACCACAACCACAACCACGACUACCACAACCACAACCACAACCACGACAAGUACCACGACUACCACAACGACGACGCCUACGACGACGACGACCACCACCACCACAACCCCACCCGCGCCGACUACAACCACUACAACAACCACUACAACCACUACAACCACCACGACCACCACAACCACCACCCCACCCGCGCCGACUACAACCACCACCACACAGGCUCCCACGACCCUGACCACUACAACUACCCCGGUUGUGCCCACUACCACUCUCACAACCACCACCACCACGACCACGGUUCCCACCACAGCUCCCACCCUCCCUCCGGUCACACCUAGUCCAGGCACGACAGAAACAACCACGACCACAACCACAACUACUACCACGACCACGACCACCACUACCACAACUGAAAAGCCCGUCACAACGCCAACUACUACCACAAGUCACGGUACGCAGGGUCCAACUACCCCCCUUCCUCCUGUUCCAACAACUACUUCACACUGGGGUGGACCAUUGCCCACUACCAGCGUGACCAAGCUCCCCGAGGACACGAGUUCGACCCUUGACCAAUGGGAGGACUGGUCAAGCACCACUGCUGGCCCAGCUCCUACCACGACCACAACCGAGGACGACGCAAUUUGGAGUGACUGGCCAGAGACCACUACAACCCCUGUAAGCCCGGUCUCGACAACCACUUACACAGACGGUGACUGGGAGGACUGGGAAACGACAUCCACAACCACCAUUCCUGUGUCCCCAGAGACCACGACCUACGUGGACGGUGACUGGGAGGACUGGGAAACCACAUCCACAACCACCAUUCCCGUGGUUCCAGCGACUACCACCACCUACUCCGACCCCGACUGGUAUGAUUGGGACUAUGCCUCUUCGACCACGACCGUCCCCGUAAGCCCAGCCACAACCACUGAGCCAAUCUGGGCCGACUGGGCCGAGACCUCAAGCACCAGCACUCCCGUCAGCCCUGCCACGACUACAUCUGAGUCCGCAGUCUGGAGCGAUUGGGAAACCACCGUGACUGCCACACCAGUCACCACCAUCGCAAUCACCCAGACAGUUACUCCCAUCGCCGUCCCCUCAUCCGGCAAGCCCAUCUCGCCUAUUGAGACUUUCACCGGAGCUGCUGGACGUGUCCAACUCACUGUCCUGAGCUCAAUCGGAUCUGGCGCCCUUGUCGUGCUCGCACUGCUUUGGUAGAACAAUUUGAUAUUUUGAUUCUUUCUCUCAUUCUUCCUUCUUUCUUUCUCCUCAACCCCGACUUGUCCAGGCUUGGAGUGGAGGAUCAAGUAGAUUGAAGACGGUUAAGAUUUUUGAUAUGACCAAAAUUUUCUUUUAGAAUGCAUCUCUGCGCAGAGGACAAGAGGAUUCUGGCCACCUCUCGUUUCGGUACCAGAGGCUCGACAAGCAUGAUCAUCAUCCGAAACCUCUACGUUUACUAGACGUGCAUGUGGACCGAUCUGACGUCUUCCUGUCCAGAGACCAUUCAUGUCGAUAGGUUACAUCUGUACUUGAACCCAAAUCUUGCAGAUCCUGCGCCCGCGGUGAACUCAUCUUUCGAUUUUUCUUGAGAGUAACUGUCAUGUUGUAUGUGAUGAUGAUCCUAUGAUAGCACCCUACUCUGAUCUGUGUGAAUGGAACCACACAGGACAACAAGCUCCAAUGACUUGAGGAUGAGAGACCUCGCAUUGUUUCCUUG